AUGGAAACCUCAAAAGUUAAUUAUUUGAAACUGAGAAGAACUCAGAGAUUCGACGGGAGAAAACUGGGAGAGAAAGGGGGUCUGGAGAAAACGCCGAGAGAAUCAGAAGCCGAAGCCGCUUUGAAGCCACAAUUCGAGGUAUACGGUAAGGCUGUGGAUGAUGAGAAAUGGGACGUUGUCGAGGGAUUCUACCAUCCAAAUGGAGUCUUGGUUCAUAAGGAUAAGGAAUCCGUUUAUGGAAAUAAGGCCAUCACCGCCUAUUUGGCCAAGUUUGCCGAAGGAACUGGAAAAUCGCUCGCCACAAUUUCCAACGCCAAAUACGAAGGAGCUGGAGACUACCUGAUUGUCACUGCUGACUUUUCAGCCGUAACUGAAAAAGCUGGAACUGUCAACGGAAAAUUUUUGCAAAUCUGGAAGAAGGAAGGAGAUAGGCACUUGGUUUAUCAUGAUGAAUUUGAGAUCACUGCUUAG